AUGGAAGAACAGCAGCCGGAACCUAAAAGUCAUCGCGACUCGGGCCUCAACGCGGCCGCGGUGGCAGCAGCCCCGGGCAGCCUCAGCUUGAGCCUCAGCCCCGGCGCCAGCGGCAGCAGCGGCAGUGAUGGAGACAGCAUGCCCGUGUCCCCGCAGCCCGUGCCCCCCUCGCCGCCCGCGGCGCCCUGCCUGCCGCCCUUGGCCCACCACCCGCACCUCCCCCCGCCCCCGCCGCCGCCGCAUCUCGCAGCGCCUGCUCACCAGCCUCAGCCCGCGGCCCAGCUGCACCGCACCACCAACUUUUUCAUCGACAACAUCCUGAGGCCGGACUUCGGCUGCAAAAAGGAGCAGGCGCCGCCACAGCUCCUGGUGGCGGCGGCGGCUGGAGGAGGCGGAGGAGGCCGACUCGAGCGUGACAGAGGCCAGACCGGCUCAGGUAGAGACCCUGUCCACCCGCUGGGCACGCGUGCGACAGGAGCCGCCUCGCUCUUGUGUGCCUCGGACGCAAACUGUGGCCCACCCGACAGCUCUCCGCCAGGCGCCGCGGGAAGCGCCGGGGCGUCCAAAGCUGGGAACCCAGCAGCUUCGGCGGCGGCGGCUGCAGCGGCUGUGGCAGCGGCAGCAGCGGCAGCUACGGCCAAGCCUUCGGACAGCGGCGGCGGCAGUGGAGGCAGCGUGGGGAGCCCAGGUGCGCAGGGUGCUAAGUAUCCGGAGCACGGCAACCCUGCCAUCCUGCUUAUGGGCGCAGCCAACGGCGGGCCCGUGGUCAAAACUGACUCGCAGCAGCCCCUCGUGUGGCCCGCCUGGGUGUACUGCACACGCUACUCGGAUCGUCCAUCCUCUGGUCCGCGCACUAGGAAGCUGAAGAAGAAGAAGAACGAGAAGGAGGACAAGAGGCCUCGGACAGCGUUCACGGCCGAGCAGCUGCAGAGACUCAAGGCGGAGUUCCAGGCGAACCGCUACAUCACGGAACAGCGGCGGCAGACUCUGGCCCAGGAGCUCAGCCUCAACGAGUCGCAGAUCAAGAUCUGGUUCCAGAACAAGCGCGCCAAGAUCAAGAAAGCCACAGGCAUCAAGAACGGCCUGGCGCUGCACCUCAUGGCGCAGGGACUGUACAACCACUCCACCACCACGGUCCAGGACAAAGACGAGAGCGAGUAG